AUGGUAUCCCACCGUGGUACAAUUAGUCCUUCAUUGCUUAAACUGCAACAUUUGAGUUAUUUAGAUCUCAGUCAAAAUGAUUUUAAUGGAAGUCGCAUCCCCGAGUUCAUUGGUUCUCUCAAAAAUCUGAGAUACCUCGAUCUCUCUCAUGCUAAUUUUGGAGGACCAAUUCCUUCUCAGCUUGGAAACCUUUCCAAGUUGGAGACUCUUUAUCUGGGUGGUGGCAUUUUCGAUCAAAACUACUACUACUACAAUAUGAUCUUUCGCAACAAAUUUCCAAAGUUAUUUAGUGCUGGAAACCUUGAGUGGCUUUCCCAUCUUACUUCUUUAAAGUUCCUUGUCCUCAGUUUCACUAACCAAAGUAAGGCUAGUGAUUGGUUGCAAGUGGUUAAUCAACUUCCUUCCCUUGAAUUUUUGGCCAUGAACGAUUGUGAUCUUCCAAGUGCCUCUUCUUCAUCUCUUUCCCUCGUCAACUCUUCUACAGCUCUCACCGGCCUGAAUCUGUCUGGUAACAAUCUCACUUCUUCUGCAAUAUACCCAUGGUUGUUUAAUGUUAGUAGCAACCUUGAGUUCCUUGAUCUCUCAAGGAACCACUUGAAAGGUCCAAUUCCAGAAUCUUUUGGAAAUAUGGUUCACAUGACGGAUCUUUCUCUGAGCCACAAUCAGCUUGAAGGUGGGAUAUAUAGAUCUUUUUGGAGUAUGUGUAGUUUGGUUACUUUAGAAAUGGAGUCCAACCAUCUCAGUGCCUUCGGAUUUAUUCAGAAUACAUCUUUAUGCAAAAGUGACUCGAUCCAGCAGUUGAGAUUAGCUGAGAAUCAACUGACGAGUUCUGUGCUGAAUGAAAUGGCAAAUCUGUCAUCCUUAAUUGAAAUAGAUCUUGGGUACAACCUUUUAAAUGGAACCAUAAGCGAAAGCAUUGGACAACAGUCCGAACUUAGUGUUUUACGGCUUGCUGGGAAUUCUUUUGAUAAUAUUGUGAUCUCCGAAGCUCAUUGCUCAAAUCUCACCAAAUUAAGGGAGUUAGACUUAUCCUACAGUUCGCUGACCUUAAAAUUCAACUCUGACUGGAUCCCUCCUUUUAGUUUGAAUGUUAUACUCCUUAGCUCUUGCAAGUUAGGGCCUCGUUUCCCAGAAUGGCUUCAGACUCAAGCUGAAGUCUUUGUCCUUGAUAUCUCUGAUGCUAAAAUAUCGGAUUCCCUUCCCAUUUGGUUUUGGGACUUACUUGGCAGAGUAGAAUACUUAAACCUCUCUUUUAACCAGAUCCAUGACACUUUGCCAAAUACCUCUAAUCAAAGAACAUACGACAGUUUGCCACUUCCUCCAGUUGGUUUCUCAUAUGGUUUACAGUCCUUAAUCCUCUCCAAAAACAAGUUUUUCGGUUCAAUCUCUUCAAUGUGCAGUUUUUCCUAUACCGAAGAUUUGAAAUUGGUAGAUCUCUCAAAUAAUCAAUAUUCUGGGGUGGUUCCUGACUGUUUUGCACAAUUCCCAAAUUUAAUAGCUUUGAAUUUGGCUGAAAACAAUUUCUCAGGCCCAAUUCCAAGCUCUUUGGGAUCCUUGGCUUUUCUUGAAAUGCUCAAUUUACAUGGUAAUAGAUUCUCGGGAAAUUUACCUUCAUCUUUACAGAAUUGUGUAAAGCUCAAAUUUUUGGAUCUAAGUAAUAAUAGAUUAUCAGGAACAAUUUCCUUUUGGAUUGGUCAAAGUUUAUCAUCGCUGGUUUUUCUUAGCCUUCAAAACAAUCAAUUCAACCAGAAGAUCCCCAAUCAACUUUGUAGAUUGAAAUAUAUUCGAAUCUUGGACCUCUCUGUAAAUAAAAUCUCAGGUACCAUACCACGAUGUCUCAAUAAUUUCACUUUUAUGGUCCAAAAGGUGAAGUUAGAUCAAACCAUUGAGCAUGUCCUUAAUGUACAUCGUCUUAAACAAGGUGGAAUAUAUUUGGGCAGGUCCAUUGUGCUCAACUAUAUUGACGAGGCGUUGCUUGUAUGGAAAGGAACAAAGCAGAUGUAUGCAAAAAUUCUUGGACUUUUAUUAGUCAUCGAUCUCUCCAGUAAUAAAUUAAUAGGAGAGAUUCCUGAAGAAAUAACUAGUCUUCAAGAGUUGGUUGCAUUGAACUUAUCAAGGAACCUUUUAACUGGCAAAAUCCCUCAAAAGAUUGGGCAAUUAAGACAAUUGCAAUCGCUUGAUCUGUCAAGAAACAAAUUUUCAGGUAGCAUCCCAUCAAGCUUGUCUGAGUUAACAUUUUCGGGUAGCUUGGACUUGCCCUAUAAUUAUUUGUCAGGGAAAAUUCCAGCAGGAUCUCAACUACAACUCUUUGAUCCUUCAACAUUUUCCCACAACAACGGACUUUGCGGUCCUCCAGUUACACCAAAUUGCUCAAUGGAAACACCUCGAGGUCAACUGGAAAGAGGUCACGAUGAUUCUGAUGAAUCCAUGAAAUGGUUUUAUGCUGGCAUGGGACUUGGAUUUGUAGUGGGUUUUUGGGGAUUUUGUGGUGCUUUCUUGUUGAAGAGUUCGUGGAGGCAUUCCUAUUUCCGUUUCUUGGACAAGGUGAAAGAUUGGCUCUAUGUUACAUAUGCUCUGCAGAAAGCAAGGUUGGAGAGGAGAAUUCAGACCUAA